GCUGGGAGGCUGGGGAUGAGUUGGAGGCAGGCACAGCCUCGGAGCAGGGAGAGCGGCUGCCGGAGACAGGCAGGGGGAGGCGGCGAGGCGCCCCGUCCGCUCCGGAGGAGGCCGGCCCGCCGCGGGCGCGAGCGGCGGGGGCCGGGGGGAGAUCACACUUAAUAGUCACAACUAGAAGGAAAAGGAAGAAUCUCCUGACUCUCUGGACUUCAAGGAUAUCGUAUUGGAUGAGUUCAAACUAGACAAGCUUCUUUCUGAAACACUUCUGGAAAGCUGCUUAUCACUUCACGUCUUUAACUUUUGGACUGAAGUUUUCCAUGUUGGCUGCCUGCAUUCGGUGAGCGUGCCUGAGGGGAGAGGAACGCAAGAGAGGAGAGACAAUUGAACAUCACCAUUGGCUGAGACCUGAAAAAAUGGUGCUGGAUGAACAGAGGAUUAGAACUUAAUUGUAAAAGGAAAAUAAAGUCCUGGCAGGUGAUUUGCUUCAUUUCCACAUUCAUCAUGGCCCAAAUCCUGUGGCUGGCUGGUUGAUGGGACUGUCCAACGCUUCCUACUUAGGUUCAGUGCAGAUCCCCUCUGCCUACAGAUCGAGAGACCUGGGAUCAUCAUCUUGGAUGGUGCCAAAUACAGGAAUGGAAAGAGAAAUGGACUCUGAUGAGCUAAGAUGGAAGUGACUUGACAGCUCCAAGCUCUGCAGUUGUCUCCAGUAAGGACAGGUUAAGACGGGAAUCUCAAGCUUCACUGGGAGAGCAGUAUGCAGGAAGCUGGUUUUCAGGCCACAAAUGCUUUCACAGAGUGCAAAUUCACCUGCGCCAGUGGUAAAUGCUUGUAUCUUGGUUCACUGAUUUGUAACCAACAAAAUGACUGUGGGGAUAACAGUGAUGAAGAGAACUGUCUGCUUGUAACAGAGCAUCCACCUCCAGGCAUCUUUAGCUCUGAACUGGAGUUUGUUCAAAUCAUCAUUAUAAUUGUGGUUAUAACUGUUAUGGUGGUAGUGAUCAUCUGCUUGUUGAACCAUUACAAACUCUCAACACGCUCCUUUAUCAACCGACAGAGCCAAGGCAGAAGACAGGAGGAAGCUUUGCAGACGGAAGGGUGCUUGUGGCCUUCAGAAAGCUCAGUUUCGCGCCAGGGUGCUUCAGAGAUCAUGUAUGCUCCAAGGUCCAGGGACAGGUUUACCGCCCCAUCUUUUAUGCAGCGGGACCGUUUCAGUCGCUUCCAGCCCACUUACCCUUACAUGCAGCAUGAGAUUGACCUUCCUCCGACCAUCUCCCUCUCUGAUGGGGAAGAGCCACCGCCGUACCAAGGCCCAUGCACCCUGCAGCUCCGGGACCCAGAACAGCAGAUGGAGCUCAACCGGGAAUCUGUCAGGGCACCACCCAACCGAACCAUUUUUGAUAGCGACUUGAUAGACAUCUCGAUGUACAAUGGGGGCCCCUGCCCACCAAGCAGCAAUUCGGGCAUAAGUGCAACCAACUAUAGCAGUAAUGGAAGGAUGGAAGGACCACCCCCGACGUACAGCGAGGUCAUGGGGCAUUACCCAGGCUCCUCUUUUUUCCAUCACCAGCACAGCAACGCGCCUCCUUCCUCGCAGAGGGGGAGCAGACUUCAGUUUCAGCAGAACAAUUCAGAGAGCACAAUAGUCCCCAGCAAAGGCCAAGACCGGAAACCAGGAAACCUGGUCUAAGUUACUCGCCCAGGUGCAUUUGAACUGAAGACGAGAGAUUCAAGCAGAGCGGUGGAGGAAGACCCCCAUGCUCCGGUGCACAAUGUUGUUACGUUUCACGUGGUACAACUUAGUAAAACCAAACGUGCAAACCAGUUCUUUGUUUCUGAUUCCUUUCAGGGGAACUGCAUGCAAAGCAGAUCGAAAGAAAUACAAACUUCCAUUCAGUUUGUCUAUGAGCAGUGUUUCAGGGGAGAGGGGGGGAUAUAUUAUUUUUUUUUAAUAAACUAUUUCAAUUAUUUAAUUCUAAAAGUUAACUUAGCACAGAAAUGAGGCUUGUACAGCCUGUUUUAUACUCACUGAAUGGCAGAAGGAAGAAGGUGGUUUUGCUAGAUAAAUGGGGGAAGAAUUGGCCAGUUUGCUUUUUUUUUUCCUCCCAGGGUGUGGAUUUUUUUUUAAUAUGAAACAAAAUUCCUGUUUUGUGUGCCAAGGUAUAAAGUUGAGAACUUAGAAGAAUGCAAGGAAUUAAUUUGUGUUGUGAUAAAUGUGUUUUAAAAAGUUGCACUAUCUUAAUGUUUUAAAAAAUAUAUAUGAGGGAACUGUUUUAUGUGAAGUUCUUCUAUAUGUUGUCUUUUCACCUGUGGAAUUACGAUAGAGCCCCAGAAGUAAUCUGGAGGAGUUUGCCCGCCCCUCCCCCCCCCCCCCCCGGGUUUGCUAGAAAAAGGGGACAGGACUUAGCCUAACAUCUCUUGACUUUUACAAAUCAAGAAAUACAGGGACACUUGUCUUUGCAAUAAUUUGCAUUCAAAUAACAGUGCAUCAGUGAAGUGUCUUGGAGACUUUUGGAUGGAAGAAGGCAAAUACGAAAUCCCAGCAUUUUCCAUGACUUAGGGUUUAGCUGUUUUGCAGUGUAGACUGUUUGUUUUGUAAAUGGCAAAACAAAAUCCCAGAUGUGUUAAUUUGUAUCGAUUCUAAGUGCUGCCUUUCUUUUCCUUUUCAUAAUGCAGUAUCACCAGUACUUAUGGUUUUAGCGAUUUUUGUCCUCACUGUAGGCUGAAAUGUAUCUAGUCACAUAUCAUGACAUUAUGCAAUAAAUUGUUUAAAAAUGCAAGGUGGGUUCCCCCCCCCCCCCCAAUGCUGUUAAAAUACCUGAAACUCUGUUGUGCUUUUCACUCUCCAUUUCAUCCUUUAGAUACUGAAGUUCAGUCCUGCAGAUCCAUCCUGUUGAAGUGAAGGGGCCUUUGUAGCUAUAACCCUCAUGCAGUUUCCGCAGCAGUGCUGAGAGCGCCCGUGACAGUGGUGCGGGCUUCUGUGGCGUCUUGCAGUGACGUGGGAACAUCGGUUAUUCUCACUGCGAACCAUUUUUCUCUGGGCCCUGUUGCGGAAACCCUCCUCCGUGUAUGUCAUCUGGUGGUUGCCAGCAGGACUAUGCUCACGGGUAAAGAUGACUUGCAUAUUAACUAAGUGUCUGUAAGCCCUAGUUUUGCCAUGCUGGUCUUAAGAGUAGUUGGAAAAUGUUAACCUGCCUGUAAAAUGGCAUGUGGGGUUUUUCUUCUCUGGCUGUUCCUGUGUGGAAGCACACGCAGUGCUGGAAAGCAGUUGACAAAUGGUGUUAGUGGCAUCACAAGCACAUGAAAAAGCACAACUUGCACUUAAAAUGCAUUUUGGAAAUGGACUUAAAGUAAGAACCUUUAGAGUCUUAGCUUGAAUAGUUUCUAAUAUAAUAUGUGUAUGUGUGGGUGUCAUAGACCUUUUCACUUUAAGAUCUUUCACUUUUUUCUAUUUUCUUAAGCCUUGUGCUUGGUUAUGGGCAGCAGCCACCGAGUGCCCUGAGCGCGCUGUGGAGGAGUGCCGUGCCCUUAGCGCCUGGUCCCAUGGCUGGAGGCUGGAUUUCUGCAGGACUUCUGUACCCUGGGGGCUCUGAUAACUGAAGUGCAUCUUUGAUCUAUGCAGAGUUUUAAUGCCAAAACAGUAUGUGUGUCUGUGCGUUACGGGCCUCAGUGUAGAUUAUUUCUUCAUAAGGUAGUUUGGUUUUAUUCUAAUUUAGAACAUGUUUGUGUAACUGUUAGUCUGAAUAUGCAGCCUCAUUUGUCUCUGUAAUUGUUUUUUGGUCUGAGUCACACUGGUAAUGCAGAGUAAAGCUGCCUUUUAAUUUGUGUGUUAUUCGAAGGGAAAGAUAGAGAUUGUAUGAUGGGAUUCACUUUCUUUUUUUCACUCAGACUCACAGGACAGGUGUUUAGGAGAUGACUAGGUGGCUGUCAGUCAGCUAGAGCUCUUGUUAUGUCUGGUUCCUGAGAAUAAAAGCUGUGAAAUUAGAUUUUUUUGCAAACAACCUAUGAAUAUAAUUAUUAGUUUAAAAAAAAAAAAAAGGAAGACAAAACCAGAAGAUGUUGGGUUUUGGUCUUCAGUGGCUUUUGUUGGCCUUCAGAAGUGAGCUUUUAAGUCAGAGAAUGUGUGUGCCUACACAGAUACUGUGCUGUUGCCUAAAUGAGGAUUAUUUAGCUGAGAAGCCUUUAGGUGAGAACAGCUGGAACUCGUUUGUCAUGGCAGAACGCACCUGGACUGGGCCCUGGCCUUGGACCAGUAGAGUAUCAACUUUUCCCCAUGCACAGAUCACAGUGAAGUGAGCCUUGAAGUUGCCUUCAAAGUCACCUCCUGGGAACAUGCUUUCUUUGAAGACAGCCCUUUGCUAUCUUUUGCCAUCUCUGCAUGCCAGUGGAUUUACGCACUUCCCAUUAACAUUGUCCAGUACGAUGUGUGCACUGCUGUCUCUUAAUUUUUCUUGACUGAGGAAGUUUUUGAUUGAGUGGAAAAUGUAACCCGUUCCAGUUCUGUAGAGGAGAUUUGUUUAAAAAGAACUUAGUAUUUGCUCACCUAAUGGUUGCAUUUCCUCUUGCAUCUUCACCUUCUUACUGUAUUCUGCUGCCCAAAGCUAAUGUGCAGCCAGUGUACCUGUCGGUUCUGAAAGUGUAGUCACCUGUUGCUUGCAAUCUGCUACUUUUGUUUUGGAGCCUCUUCUAGGAGUAAAUAUGGUAUUUUCUAAUGAAUGUUAGUGAUCUCUGAUGGGGGUGCCAUCAGUAGUAUAACAUUGCAACUGCAUGUUUUUUCUAUUUUUUCUUCUGUUGCAGUGAGAGAAUAUGCCCUUGCUAACAGAACAGAAGGGUAAAAGAAGGAAUAGUAGAAUUAGAUAUCGCUAUCCAUCUUUACAGGCUUCGAAAUUGGCAGUCUCUGAAGAUAAGCAAUUCUGUGAGGCAUUUAUGGGAAACUCCCUUUGAAAGUAUCCAGAAUUAAUAAGCUGUGUUCCACAGCCACUCAAAUGAAGCUUUGUAAAUUAUAAAAGAUUUCUGCAAACAUUGUAGAGUUAAUUAUGUAGAUUAUGCCUCCAUAGUGGUGUUUUGGUUUACGUGUAUCAUGCACAAAACGCACAUAAUAUAUGUGUGGAGCUUUCUGUGCGUUGGAUUGUAUUAGCCUGAAUUUUGGUUGCAUCUCCUGACCUUUGCCCAGUAACCCAUCUUCCCAAAAUUCAGUCCAGUGAUGUCCCCACUUUAGAAACGUUCAAGUUAAAAGAUUUUUUUUUUAAUGUACCUUUAACAAAUAAAGCAUUAUGACCUCUAUCCUGCUGCAAAGGUUAAUUUUUCCCUUCUGUGGCUUGGGAUGGCUCCCUUCUUGGUGCUAAAUGUGCCCCAUCUGUGGUGUUUUCCUAUGAUCUUGCAGGGGUAGAAAAGGCAGGGGGUUCAGCAGCAGAAAACAGGUUCCCUCCCAUGGAGCACUCCGCGGAGCCCGUGGAACACAUUCCCAAUGGAGCACUCUUGGCACUUAGCUCUAAUUCUGGAUGUACAUUUAGCCUGGUUGUGGUUGGGUUCAUCUCAGUGCUGUACAAGCAGGCUCUGUGUAUGUUACACUGCUUAAAGGUGUGAGUGAAGAGUAUGAAGGCUAGUCCCCAGUCAACAGAGCAGUGUUCAGAUCCCUUUCCUGUAGUAUGUGGCACGUGCAGGAUUCGCGGUACUUUGCGUCAUAGGUUGUUUUUGUCAGGGAGGACCUACUUAAGCUACUCCUGAUCUUGUCGCUGAUGAACUCUGCACUUAACCCAGUCUCGGGCUGACGUGACUUUAUUACAGCGUGCUUUUCCCUUGUAAGUAUGAAAACUCAGAUGCAUGCCCCAUGUACAAGUUCUUGAUGGCUAGUGAGGAGGGUAUUUGCAUUCCUGCAGUCAUGGAAUCUGCAGGAACCAUGGGACAGGCUGUGCUUCAUUUGGCUUUUUAUUAUUGCUUCCCCUCUUCUCCCACCAAUUUGUCCCAGCUGGAAGCUACUUCUGUUAUCCCAAAUCUCUGAAAUUUUGUGUUGCAGAAAUAUAUAAAAAAAAGUGACACUGAGAUUUUUUUUUGUCUCUGUGAAUGUGGCUCAGGGAAGGGCAAGGAGUGAAAUGACAUUGUUUCUGGAAGGAAUUCACUUUCUUUGCAAUAGGGAAGAAAGCCUUGUCCUGCUGGAGAGUCCUGUGCGCAGGCUGUCUGGAACAGCGCUGUCUGAAGCGGUUGUUCCUAACCCUUCCAGGUAGUGAGAUACUGGACCUUCAAGCUGACAGUCUGAUCUGUAAGGAAUGUUUGAAUGCUUUGGAGAAUUUGAUCACUAACCUUUCUCUGACUCUGAGCUCUGUCACUCAAGGUAACUAAGGUAACCUGAUUUCAUAGGCAAACAAAAAGAAAAUAGUAUGCUGGUGAAAAUAGGCUCUAAAAUUGUCCUUUGCUUUUCCGCCUCCUUUUUUUUCCUUCCCCCAAGGAUAAACAGUAGGCUUGGUGGUACAUUUGAAGGUAUUUAGGAUUAUUCUCAAGUCUUCUCUGGUCACUACCAUUAAGUCAUGUCCAUGCACAUAUGUGUAUAUACAUGCCUGCAUGCAAACUUGUGCCUGUAUCCUACCCCUUGGUUAUCUAUAUAUUACCACCUUCCAGAAGUGCUAAAUGGCUAUAUAUUGUGCUCUCAGGAACAAUGACAGGUCAUUUGUCAAACAGCUGGAGGCAUGAGGAAUAUUUGCGUUUCAGUCCGGUAAAUGUCAAGGCCCUCUUUGUAUCAGUAGGGGAGUUUCUUGCUGCUCAGAUUCUUGCCUGUGACCUGGUGCGCUACUGCAUCUUCCAUCCAACAGCUCUCUCCUUUUGGGUGAGCUUUGAAAAGUCCUCGUGCUUUUGGGACAGCCCUAAUGUAGACCUCACGUAUUGACGUACAGGAAGGAAAUGUACUUCACGUGCGCUCAAUCUCAGAAGCGUGUUUUUUCAGAUCUAGCUGAUGCUGAGAACCAAGGGAUCCAUUUGUACAGCAGGUUCGGAUGAAGGCUGGCUUUUGAAUACAUCUUUGCUUUUUAGAUAAAGGCUGUUGCAAAUAAUUUAGGUACACAUAUCUGGUCUUUUCCCGUGCUGUGUUGCCUGCUUGCCAACCAGUACGAUUACAGCUUUUCUCCUAAACUAGCCCCAAAUGUGUCAAUUGUUUAAAUCCCUGGAAAGAGGCACACCUCCUGAACUGUCUGAGACCUGCUGAGGCCUCUUAGAGCAUAAAGUCCCAUGUGAGGAUGUGUUGAACUUACAGAGGUUUCCCGUCCGAAGACUCUGUUCUCUGUGUUUUGCUAGGAAAUUGAAGUUUAAAGUUUUGAGAGUGGCCCAGCUGAAAAUUACUUUUUUAAUAAGUAACAGAUUGUUUGCCAGUCUGUGCUCAUUAAUCGGGUGUAAAUUACCUUUUGACUCACCUCCGACUGCCAUUGCUGUGGUGGCAAAAGCCCCACUGGGCACACUCGCACCAGCAUAAAAGAGUAAUUUUCUUGGUACGGCUCUGCUUGGGGAAUUAGCAGAAGCUGCACCACUAAGUUCAGCCUCCAGGAACAUCAGACCUGUGCUGCCUCUUCCCAGCAAACUCAAAGUGUAGGUGAUGGCUCAGUUUCAGUGAAGUGCUUGACCGCACUAGUAAGACACGCAGUGGAGGAGUCUAUUGGUGUUUCCUUGAAGUCGCAACUAUUUGCAUUAAAUAUAUUUCAGGGCGGCUAAUGCUGUUUUUGUAACCACUCGCUACAUUUCUGCUGCUUUCGAAAGGGAAAACCCAGCAUGAUUUUGUAUUGAGAACUCUUCUGGCUCUUCUGCCUUGCUGUCGUCUCUUCCAUUUUCAGACUGAACACAAGCAACCCGGGUAUUGCUAGCAUCGCUUUCCUGCUAUAAAAGAACUUACCUUUUUACGUUGGUUAAUGAUAUAGAAACAAACUCGUAACCUAGAUACUUCCCCCUUCCCUCCGACAGCCGUGUGAUUUACUGCCAGAGAUGACUCUUGUCAUUUCUUUGCUAUAUUGCUGCUGCUGCUUGCUGCUGUUUUCAAUGGUUUGGUGCGUGAGCUUUCUGAAACAACGUGGUGUGUGUAGGAUCUCGUGGGUGACCAAGCUGUCCCUUUUCUCCUUCCUUUCUCUCCUUGGUUUGUGCUUGUCUGUCUGCCGUGGUGGGUUUAUUAAUUAAUUAUAUAUGUCCGUAUUAGAUAUAAUUUUGAGGAGGUUUGCAUGUUGGUAGUUUGUAAGCAACUAAGGUGCCUCAUGUUCAGGUCUGAGCAGAUAGGAAUCCCCUUGCACUCGAGAGGGCCUGAUCCAAAGCCCGGUGAGGUGGGUAGGAAGACUCUUGCUGACUUCAGGGGGCUUUGGAUCAGGCCUUAUGCUCCCACCUUUGUUGUGCCUCACUUAAAAUGGUGCUUUUUCAGUUGUCUGUCUUUUUUUUUUGGUAUUUUUUUUCUCUCCUUUGUAUGGUGCUGUGUAUAACUUGAAUAUAUUAUGCACAUAUCCUACCCAAUGGGUAGAACAAACAAACAUACAAAAACAAAUAGAUGUUGUUAAUACUGUAAGAUAAUGUAUAGAUGAUACCAAUUUUAACACACACACACAAAAAUGGCAUAGACUUUGUGAAUGCCAACUUCUGUGCUUGGUCCUUUUUGUAAGAAAAUUUGCAAAUGAAUGCAUACAAAUGACAAAAAGUCUAUGUAUUUUAUUUUCCUAUUAAAUACCAAUAUAAUAUCAUAAGGGAAAAAGUUUGAACAAAUCCUUUUUGACUAGCCUGUGUAUAGCGAUUGAUCGUUCGAUGCAUCUUUGCUGUGAAGAUUUGUUCUUUUUUUUUUCUAAUGUGUCACUUUAAGAAAAACGAAAAAAACACAAAACAAACAAAACCUCCACAGCUUUAACCUUGCAACUAGAUGCUUCUCGUAUUGGUUGUUGCCUCGCUGUUGCUGAGUUGGACCAGUAUUAGUUGCUACUACUCCAGCAGAUACGUUAUUUAUUAUCCUUGAUUGCCUUUUUUUUUUUAACUUAGAAAUGGGCUAAAACCUUUGGAAUCUUUUUAUCCACAUCCUAGAUUUGAAGUGAAGCUCAGACAAGUGGGAACUGACCCAAACCAUCCCUGCAAAAUCAAACCUAGGCCCACGAGAGUUUUGUGACAGCAGCCAGCCCUUGCUCUGUGCCCACUCCUGGUACGUGAUCCUGCCACUGCAAACUGUCUUGAGGCUUGGCGUGUAGCUGGGACUGGCUGAUGACCUGUGAGGCUGCAGGGCUGCAAGCCUUAAGGGUAGACAAGGAAAGCUGCAGGUUGGCAGCAAGCAGGGUUUGAGCAUGAGCUUUGAGUCAGCAGUGCUGCUGCUGUGUUGGCCUCUGACAGCAACGGCUUAACCCACGUUCGUAUUUAAGAUGAUGGAGAAAUGCCUAAGCCUGUUCAGGCCCAACGCAGGAAGCGGUGUGGAAAGUGAUCCAACACUUUAAUUUUCUGCGAGGCUCCCUCGGCAGUUUGGUUCUCCCCCGGCGUCCCCGUGCGUUUGGCUGUCCGUCCCCGUGCCCCUGCGCGCUCUCGGCGCGGGCCCUUCGGUAAAGCAAAAUACCUCAGGAAAACUCAACAUGAAGUUCUAGUGUAGAGACUUGCAGAUGCUGUACUUAUUUUUCUAAACUGUGUGUGUUCUAACUAUCCCAGGAUGGUAGGUGAUAUAAAAGUUUAUCGGUCCGAGACAGACUAGUCCUCUCACAGAUGGGUACCGACUAAUCUUUCAUAGAUACUCGUGUCUAUAUGUAGCUUUUUUAUACUUGUCAGGCUUUAACCACAGAUGUAAGGUAGCAAUGUGUUGGGAUACGUUUGAGAUGGCGUUUUUGUUUGUUUUUUCAGAUGACUAGCUAGGCUGACUAGCUAGACGCCAUGCUAAAACUCAGGGGGCCUUACCCAGGGCCCAGUGAAGUCAGUGGUGAGGCUUCCUCUGGUUUGAGUGGGCUUUCAGUUCGGUCCGUCACGCUGGAGGAUGGUGCCUUGGAGCACAGUCCUUCGACUUCUCCGUCGACCUGAAGCUUCAGCUACGCGUUUGUCUGUAAAUAUCUUUUUAAAAGCCCUCACAGGAGUCCUGUAUCUGAAUGUUGGUCAUGGUUGUUUUGGUUUGUUUUUUGUUUUAAAGGAGUGUGUAAGUUCUUAAUGGCCAGUUCUGCAUCGUCAAGCCCUUACAGGUAGCUUGUCUCCAUCCCUCUGUAUAUUGAGCUGUUUUAGCAGUAAGCAUGUACCACAGGGAAAUACGCCUAUUUCACGACUGUCAUUUGUUAACUCAUUUAUUGUUUGUCAGGGCAUAGAGUAAUUGUUUUGGAAGUAUGCUUUGCCUGGCCGCGUUCAGGUUUCUGUUUGCACUGCAGUACCGCUUCUGUGCAUGAAGGAAGAAAAACAAACACAAAUCCCCAGGCCUUGACUAGGAAGACUCUGUACAAAGUAAAUGUCCCGCUGGAGGAAUCUAGGGUAGGAUUUAUCAUAAGAAAACUUGCAUAUUGAGUGGACCAAACACGAGCAUGUCUCCUUUUAGAGGCACUAAUUUGCUUUGAAGCUGCAGUGGAAAGAGCAGACUAUCUAUUAAGUGUACUCACAGCUGCGUUCGCGCUUUCCGUUUACCACGAAGCACAGCAGGCAGCCAGGAUUUUAAAAGAAGUAUAAGCAGAAGUUACAAGAGCCUCAGGCAUCACAGACCUGGACAGCAAAAAUAAUAAUUAAAAAAAUUCACUUUAAUAUUCUUUUACACAGCUUUUCUACUUACAGUACAAAGACUACGUAAGGGUCGAUAGGGGUUUUGUCUUUGUGUGGCUGUCAGCUGCCCAGUGCUGCCGUGCUCAGAGCAUUUCACGAUGGUAUGUACAUCAGUCAGGCUGUUACACUUAAAAUUAACCAUCAAAUGCCUGUUUUUAGAGUGUUGACCCUUUCUUUGUUGUUUCUUGCUAGUUAUUUUACAGUGUAAAAUGCUUUAUUGCUGUAUGGAUUAUUUUGUAUUUCCAACAUUGCGGCUUUCAAGAUCACGUUUUCAACACGUCUCUUAUUUUUGUCCGUUUUGUUUCAAGCUAUUCUGAAAUAUGUACAGCACUAUCAACAAUAUUUAAUCUUUCUUUUAAAUUUUAUUGUUGUAAAAACAAAGUUAUUAAAAACAGUAAGUCUUUUUACAACUGUAUUGGAAUUUCUCAAUAGCUGUUCAUGUGACGCUAUGACAAACCUGGCUUGCUUUAAUUUUUUUUAAAUUUAUUUUCCUUUUAACACAAUUAAUUUGUUGCUUUUUUCCCACUGUAACUCCCAGUUAUAUACAGGAAAAGAUUUCAACUGUUGUGUAUCUGACUCUUUUAAUUGAGCAAAUGGUGAUGUCCUAGUUUUUAGACCUAAGGUCUGUUUAUUGCAAUACUUUUAAAGGAAGAUGUUGCUCUAAGUGCUGUUGUUAGUUUUAAAUACAGAUUUUAUGCUUGUUCUUAAUAUGCUGUGGUUAAACCAUGGCACAAAAUUAUUAAAAAUCAUUAAAUGCA